AUGAAGAGAGAAAAAAUGAAAGAGGAAUUUAAUUCUAAAACUCUUUUAAGGGAAGCCGACUGCCAAUGGCGUGCCAACGCUCUAUUCAUUGGCCGUUUCCGUUAUCUGCUUUAUUCGCGUUCUCAUGAAGAGUUUCAAAUCUUAUUUACAACAAAAAAAGCCAUGAAGUGUCUGAACUUGAUAAUCUUCUCAUUUUGUUUCCUGAUUGUAGAUGCGGAGGUGAAAGAAAUGUAUGAAAACGUUGGUGUGAUGCAAAAUGAGCAUGAUCUCGAUGUGUUGAAUGAACUGAGUUCGCAACUGGUGACUUCAUUGAAAAUAGUACAAAACAUGAGAGAAGCCCCUGAAGCGAAAGUGGCCGAGAAACGACGCAACAAGUUUGAAUUCAUACGAUUCGGAAGAAGAUAG